AUGGCCCUAGCAGCCUGCAGGAUGCUGCUGGGACUGGCCCUGUACGCUGGCAGCCUGUGCACAGCAGGCACUGCCGCCUUCCUCUACCACGACUACUGUGUCAUCGGGGCCGGCCCCUCGGGCUUGCAGGCAGCCUAUUUCCUCCAGCAAGCCGGCCGGGAUUACAUCGUCUUUGAGCGGAGCCACGCUCCCGGCAGCUUCUUCGCUCUCUACCCUCGCCACCGCAAGCUCAUCAGCAUCAACAAGCGCUACACGGGCAAAUCCAACAGCGAGUUCAACCUCCGCCACGACUGGAACUCGCUCCUCAGCCACAACCGUCGGCUGCUUUUCCAACACUACUCCCACGACUUCUUCCCCGACGCCGACACAAUGGUGCGUUACCUGGAGGACUUUGCUUCCCAGCUGGAGCUGCGGAUUCAGUACAACACGGCCAUCGUCCAUGUGAUGCUGGAGAGGGACGAGCGUGCCUGGAACGGCCACUAUUUUCUCCUGACCGACCAGGACAGGCAGAACUACAAGUGCAGCUCUUUGUUGGUUGCCACUGGGAUGUGGGUCCCCAACGUGGUCAACUUUCCUGGCUCAGAAUAUGUUGAGGGUUACGAGACUGUGUCCAUCAACCCGGAGGAUUUUGCUGGCCAAACCGUGUUGAUCUUGGGCCGAGGGAACUCGGCCUUUGAGACAGCAGAGAACAUUCUGGGCGUCACGAAUUUCAUCCACAUGGUGAGCCGGUCCCGCGUGCGCCUCUCGUGGGCCACCCACUACGUCGGGGAUCUGAGAGCAAUUAACAAUGGCCUGCUGGACACCUAUCAGCUGAAAUCUCUGGAUGGGCUUCUGGAGGGUGACCUGGAAGAUCUGGCUAUCGUCAAGGACAAGAAAGGGAAGCUGCACAUCACACUCCGGUUCUACCUGGAGGACAGGAACACCAGCGCAAGCAUCGACUCCGUCACCCUCCCGCAGGACGAACUGGAUAAUUUUGCCACCCGUGCUCCUUAUGACCGUGUCAUCCGCUGCUUGGGCUGGAAGUUUGACUUCUCUAUCUACAACAGAUCCCUUAGAAUGAUGCCAGGAAAAGGGAAUAAAAAGAAGUAUCCUCAGAUCAAACCUAGUUAUGAGUCCAGAGGCACUCGGGGACUUUUUGUUCUCGGCACUGCUAGCCACUCUGUUGACUUCAGGAUGUCUGCUGGGGGCUUUAUCCAUGGAUUCCGGUAUACAACUCGUGCAGUCCAUCGCCUAUUGGAAAACCGUCACCAUGGUGUCCCCUGGCCAUCCACAGCCCACCCUAUUACACAGCUGACCAAUUCCAUCAUCAAGCGGGUGAACGAGGCCUCAGGCCUCUACCAGAUGUUCAGUGUCCUGGCUGACAUCAUACUGCUGAGAGAGUGAGUGACAUUUGAAUACCUGGAAGAGUACCCAGUUGGAGUCCUGGCCGAGCUGGAAACACAGACAGGGAGAAAGGCUCCCAACGGGCUGUUUGUUGUCAUCAUGGAGUAUGGGAGGAAUUUCUCUGGGGCUGACAAGGAUGUCUUCUACUACAACCGAGCCGUGGGAGAGGCACAGCAUGCCUGGCAGUCCAACUUCUUGCACCCUGUUAUUUACUAUUACAAACGCCUCCCAACGGAGCGCGAGAUGAGAGUUCGGCCCCCAGAUUGGCCUCUCCCCCGCCCAGAUGCCGUCCAUCACAUCGUGGAGGACUUCCUGACGGACUGGACGGCCCCCAACGCUCACAUCCUGCCGCUGAGGCGGUUUUUGGAGAACUGCCUCAGCACUGACCUGCGCAACUUCUUUGCAGAGUCCUGUUUCCUGUUUGCCUUCACCCGUCAGAAGCUGCCUCCCUUCUGUCAGCUGGGCUAUGUGGGAAUGCAAGGGCUCCUGGGGAGCCAGGGGCUCCGGCGCCGCGCAGUGGAAGCUGGCCUGCUGGAGGAUUACGCUCUCACGGACUUUUCAGGCGACAGAACCCCCGAUGGCCACGAAGGGUCGCAGGACCAGCUGCUGAGAGAUCAUGAGAUACCAGUUCGUCCGCUGCAGCAUCUCGUUAAUGCCAAGGAUGAACUUUAG